GGCGCGUUGCGCUGUCGAGGCCUUGCCCACCGAGACAGGGUCCCGGAUACGACGUCGUUGCGCACCCUCAACCUCGGCAUAUGGCAGACUCAUUGGAGAUGAGACGCCCUCCUACCACGGGCCUACGACGAGUAGACUGGGUCAGGGAAACACGUAAACAGAGCCAAACUCUAAGCAUAAGCCCAUUGUAGCGGCGACAGUCGGCAUCUCGGGUACACCGGAGCCAACAGAUCCGCACCUUCCCGUUCUUACCACAGGAAACACGUCCACACCACUAUAAGACGGUGCUGGCACAGCUUCUUCACGCCAUACCCACAUACCCGUUACAAAGCAUCAUCAUGGGUUUUAAUCCUGCGACCGACAUUGGCAGUCUGGAAGGCAAAGUCAUCUUGGUGACUGGUGGCAAUGCUGGCCUAGGCAAACAAACAAUCGCAUAUCUCGCCGCCCACAACCCCGCACGCAUCUACCUCGCCGCCCGCAGCGAGUCCAAAGCCCGCGAUGCCAUUGCCUCGAUCAAAUCCUCAGUGCCCAAUGCCUGCAACAUUGAGUACCUCUCCCUCGACCUGACAUCCUUCGCGUCCAUCGCCGAAGCAGCCUCUACAUUCAAGAGCCGCGAGUCGCGUCUCGACAUCCUGAUCAACAACGCGGGUAUCAUGGCGACGCCGUACAGCACGACGAAAGAGGGCUACGAGAUCCAGUUUGGCACAAACCACAUGGGCCACGCGCUGCUCACCAAGCUGCUGCUCCCCACCAUGCUCGAGACGGCCAAGCUGCCAGGCGCCGACGUGCGCAUCAUCAGCCUGAGCAGCGCCGGACACGCUAUGCAUGUUUCCCAAGGCAUUAUCUUCGACCAGGCUGCGCUCGAAAAGCAGAACACGGUGUUCCGCUAUGGCUCGUCGAAGCUCGCGAACUUGAUCUAUGCCAAGUCCCUCGCUGAACACUACCCACAGAUCACGUCUGUGUCGCUGCAUCCCGGCGUGAUUAUAACGGAUCUGUUCAACACGCUGCGCACCAACUUCUUUUUGAAGGUUGGACUGUGGGUGUUCAUGUUCAUAGGGUUGGUUCUGCCGGAUCACUUUAGAGGGCCGGAGGGCGGAGCGCUGAAUACUACGUGGUGUGCGACGGUGCCUAAGGAGAAGCUAGAGAACGGGGCGUAUUAUAUACCGGUUGGUAAGAAGAGUGGUGGUAGCAAGUAUGCGAGAGAUGAGGGGCUGAGGAAGAAGUUGUGGGAGUAUACAGAGGAGGAGCUGGCGAAGCAUGGGUAUUGAAAGAGUGAGAUGUACAAGUACCUAGUCAUCGCAAUGGUUUGUGGUAGUCGGCAUGGAUGAUUGCCGGGUAGACUUGAACAAAUGCAAUUCUGUAUUUAUGCCAAC